UUUUCUUCUUUCACACUUCACAGAUCACCCCCACCCUUUUUCCACGCCUCUCUUUCUGUCUCUCUUCAAAUCUCCUCCCAUAAGAAGAAGCUUCGUACCCUUUCCUCACAGAGAGAGACCUCCAGUGACACCAAUGGCGUUAGAGUGGGUGGUUCUAGGCUACGCCGCUGGCGCAGAGGCGAUCAUGCUCCUCGUCCUGACCAUCCCAGGUCUGGACGCACUUCGCAACGGACUCAUCACCGUCACUCGCAGCCUCCUCAAACCCUUCCUCUCGAUCGUACCCUUUUGUCUCUACCUCCUCAUGGACAUCUAUUGGAAGUACGAGACUCGCCCUUCGUGUGAAUCUCAAUCGUGCUCUCCCUCGGAACAUCUCCGCCAUGAAAAGUCGAUCAUGAAGUCCCAGCGUAACGCUCUUCUUAUUGCUUCGGCUCUUGUGUUCUACUGGUUGCUCUACUCGGUUACUGGGCUCGUUGUUAAGGUUGAUCAGUUGAACAAGCGCUUGGAGAGGUUGAAGGCGCAGAACUGAUUGCUGGGUUGAUCAGAUAAGUCUGUUUUGUCUCGAUUUGUCAAUCGAUUCGAACGUGAACUUUGUUGUUAGGAUCUGUGUUGUUUUGGAUGACUUUAAGUUGUACCGCACGUCUAUCAUUGCGUGUGGACAUCGAGGGUUUCCUAUUUCUCGUGGGUAUUAAUGUUUGUUUGUGGCUAAUUGAAAUUGGGUAUUAUCAGAAAAGAAGUUGAUAUUAUCGAGUUAUGAAAUUUGUGGAUUUAAAAUAAGCCCUUUUGUUAUCUGCUUCUUAAUUGUUUAGACUUUAGGAUUGAUUAGCUCUUUUGGCUGUAGACGUGUUUGUUUUUUCAUUGCCCACUACAUUGCAUGGAAAUUUGUUGUGUAUGGACAACAAGGGCUUCAAAUUCAGUAAUGGUUGAUGGGUAUUGCGAUUUGUUUGUGACAUUCUUAAAUUGGGUCUCAAAGUAGAUUGUUGUCAUUAGACCUUAUGAAUUUUAUCGUUGUUACUUGUGAACUUAGUGUUUUGAUUGCUGUCGAGGUGAAAUUGAAUAUGCGGGGGCAUUGUCCAUUAUAGCGGCCCAAGUUUUCUCAAAUAGCUUGACAUGAAAAGGGUUUAGCUAUGUUGUUGAAGUUAUGAAGGUCCAUAAUCUCAAGAAGGUUGACAGAUGGCUGUCAAUGUAUCCCUCUUAGGGGCACAUUGAUAAUCUCUGGGAAUGUUGUCGUUAUUUUUUUUUCUUUAGCAGUUAGCCCAUGAGCCUUUAAUUACUAAAUGGCAAAAUGGAUGCUUGUGUUUUAGGAAACAAUCGUGAGUGGAUGCCUGUUUAUGACUGUAUAUCUAAGUACUGGUCUACGGCUAUCGUGUGGAAGAUGAUGAUGAUAUACCUUGUAGUGUUUACUUGUUGGUUGGACACUACUUAGGUGUAUUAGUUCUCUAUAUUGUCUGCCAUGAAUCUAUUGGAGUUAUCUGACUUGUUUUCUUGGGUCGGAUAACAGAGUUGAAAUAUCCUAAGCUUGCCAGGAGACUGUUGAAGGCUCCUUGUUUAUCUUUAUAAUUGAAACUUUACCAAACGACAUGAAAUAUAGUCUUUAGCUGAUAUCAAAGCAGUGGGAUUCAUAACCAGCCUUGGAAUUGACAAGGAUAGUACUGGGGGCUAUGCUGACCAAAGCCUCCUUCCAAGCCAAAGCUUUUCUUCCUGGUUGUAGUGUCUGAAAUAUUGCAAGUCUUUUCAACUUCUGCUAUUCUUCAAUGAUUUAGUUUCCAAGAAUUCGAAUGUCCAGUGGUUCCCUGAGUUCCAUGAAUCCAUUCUAAUAUAUAUGUGUAGAAAUGUAUGCAUGUUAGCAUGUGCAUAUGCUUAUGUGUUUAUGUCUAUGUAUUUAUGCAUUUAUGUACUUUUAUUCUUCAUCCAUGGAAUGAUCAGGCAUAGCACUUUUGGCCUUGAAUCUGUACACCUGAUCCUUCUUCUGUCCAUCUCCAAAAUUUGCCAGCAAAUAUUGCAUUGAUUGGUGUUUUGGCACACCCAUUUCAUUCUUUCUUUUGCUUGCAUUAUUUUGGAAAUUGGUUUAGUUCUCAAGCCUAGAGCAGGUACUUUGUUAUUAAUAUACCUAUAGUGCGAAUUUCAUUUCUGUUACCCUUGUGUCUGAGAAACACUUUCGACCAAAGUUAUCAAAUCGUGUAUCGGAAGGCGUAUCGU